UAUAAGAACAUUUGGCCCUGGGAGCAUGCACGAAUUCGACUCAACGGACAAGACGGCAGUUGUGCGGGAACAGACUAUGUGAAUGCUUCCUUGAUCAAAUUCGAAGUGGGAGAUGAGAAACGAGUAUCACCAAGGAGUUAUAUAGCCACCCAGGGACCCUUGGCAUCCACCUUUGAUGAUUUUUGGUCUGUAGUCUGUCAACAAGAUGUCGGAUUGAUUGUGAUGUUGACGAAACGACAUGAAGCGGGACGAGAGAAAUGUGGAGAUUAUUUACGGAGUGGAAGGUAUGGAGAGAUUGUGAUCAGUAUCGAACCAGAAGAAGGGAUCCGAAAGAUAGUGAUCACGACGAUUCGAUUGAGUAGAGUGACCAGACCUGAGUUACCUGCUAGAAGGAUUAAACAUGUUCAGUAUCGAAACUGGCCAGAUUUUGAUGUUCCACCUGCAGCUGAUGAGUUACUUGAAUUAGUAGAGAAAUCCCUCAAGUCUGUUGAAAACCUUAUGGGAAAUGGAUCAGGACCGGUGAUUGUACAUUGUUCAGCUGGAGUAGGUAGAACAGGUAGUUUUAUUGCUGUUGAUGUGAUGACGGAAGUUUUGAAAGCUAUGUAUAUUGAAGAAGAUGGAGGGGUUUCGGAAACGUUGGUGGUUAGGAAAGGAAGGAAAUGGAUG